AUGGUAGUGUUCAAUGGGCUUCUUAAGAUCAAAAUCUGCGAGGCCGUGAGCUUGAAGCCCACAGCCUGGUCGCUGCGCCAUGCGGUGGGUCCCCGGCCGCAGACUUUCCUUCUCGACCCCUACAUCGCCCUCAAUGUGGACGACUCGCGUAUCGGCCAGACAGCCACCAAGCAGAAGACCAACAGUCCGGCCUGGCACGACGAGUUCGUCACCGACGUGUGCAACGGGCGCAAGAUCGAGCUGGCAGUCUUUCACGAUGCCCCCAUCGGCUACGAUGACUUUGUGGCCAACUGCACCAUCCAGUUCGAGGAGCUGCUGCAGAACGGGAGCCGCCACUUCGAAGACUGGAUUGAUCUGGAGCCAGAAGGAAGAGUGUAUGUGAUCAUCGAUCUCUCGGGGUCAUCAGGUGAAGCCCCUAAAGACAAUGAAGAACGUGUGUUCAGGGAGCGCAUGCGGCCAAGGAAGCGGCAGGGGGCCGUCAGGCGCAGGGUCCACCAGGUCAAUGGCCACAAGUUCAUGGCCACCUAUCUUCGGCAGCCCACCUACUGUUCGCACUGCAGAGAUUUUAUCUGGGGUGUCAUAGGAAAGCAGGGAUACCAGUGUCAAGUGUGCACUUGUGUGGUCCACAAGCGAUGUCAUGAGCUCAUAAUUACGAAGUGUGCUGGAUUAAAGAAACAGGAAACGCCUGACGAGGUGGGCUCACAGCGAUUCAGUGUCAACAUGCCCCACAAGUUUGGUAUCCACAACUACAAGGUUCCCACCUUCUGCGACCACUGUGGGUCCUUGCUCUGGGGCCUCUUGCGGCAGGGUUUGCAAUGUAAAGUCUGCAAAAUGAAUGUUCAUCGUCGAUGUGAGACCAAUGUAGCUCCUAACUGUGGAGUGGAUGCCAGAGGAAUCGCCAAAGUGCUAGCUGACCUAGGUGUCACUCCAGACAAAAUCACCAACAGUGGCCAGAGGAGGAAAAAGCUUAUUGCCGGUGCCGAGUCCCCACAGGCUGCCUCUGGAAGCUCACCAUCUGAGGAAGAUCGAUCCAAGUCAGCACCCACCUCCCCUUGUGACCAGGAAAUAAAAGAACUUGAAAACAACAUCCGGAAGGCCUUGUCAUUUGACAACCGAGGAGAGGAGCACCGGGCAGGAGCAUCCACUGACGGCCAGCUGGCAAGCCCAGGCGAGAACGGUGAAGUUCGGCAAGGCCAGGCCAAGCGCUUGGGCCUGGAUGAGUUCAACUUCAUCAAGGUGUUAGGAAAAGGCAGCUUUGGCAAGGUCAUGUUGGCAGAACUCAAGGGCAAAGAUGAAGUAUAUGCUGUGAAGGUCUUAAAGAAGGACGUCAUCCUUCAGGACGAUGACGUGGACUGUACAAUGACAGAGAAGAGGAUUUUGGCUCUGGCACGGAAACACCCGUACCUGACCCAACUCUAUUGCUGCUUCCAGACCAAGGACCGCCUCUUUUUCGUCAUGGAAUAUGUAAAUGGUGGAGACCUCAUGUUUCAGAUUCAGCGCUCUCGAAAAUUCGACGAGCCACGUUCACGGUUCUAUGCUGCCGAGGUCACGUCGGCCCUCAUGUUCCUCCACCAACACGGAGUCAUCUACAGGGAUUUGAAACUGGACAACAUCCUUCUGGAUGCAGAGGGUCACUGUAAACUGGCUGACUUUGGGAUGUGCAAGGAAGGGAUUCUGAACGGUGUAACGACCACCACCUUCUGUGGGACUCCAGACUAUAUAGCUCCUGAGAUCCUGCAGGAGUUGGAGUAUGGGCCCUCAGUGGACUGGUGGGCACUGGGCGUGCUGAUGUAUGAGAUGAUGGCUGGACAGCCCCCCUUUGAAGCUGACAAUGAGGACGACCUGUUCGAGUCCAUUCUCCAUGAUGAUGUACUAUACCCAGUCUGGCUCAGCAAGGAGGCUGUCAGCAUCUUGAAAGCUUUCAUGACGAAGAACCCCCACAAGCGCCUGGGCUGCGUGGCUGUGCAGAAUGGCGAGGAUGCCAUCAAGCAGCACCCAUUCUUCAAAGAGAUUGACUGGGUGCUACUGGAACAGAAGAAGAUCAAGCCACCCUUCAAACCACGAAUUAAAACCAAAAGAGAUGUCAAUAACUUUGACCAAGACUUUACCAGGGAAGAGCCGGUACUCACACUUGUGGAUGAAGCAAUUGUGAAGCAGAUCAACCAGGAGGAAUUCAAAGGCUUCUCCUAUUUUGGUGAAGACCUGAUGCCCUGAGAAGCUGCUCCAGGUGGAGUGUGCUGAUGCUGCAAGAAGGGAUACUGAGAAGAUUCCUGUGUCCAGAGGCUCAGAAAGUCUUGAACUACUUCUCCUCCCCAGAACCCCAGUCCCAUGUCCACUUCUAUUUAUUGCAUUCCCUCCCCCCAGGCCACCUCAUCCCCCAUCCACCUGGUGAUCAGAAGGCACUUACAGUUCUUGUCUCACCAGUAAUGCAGACUGGCGUUGAGUCAGCAGUUCGCUGUACACACUGCCGUGUUUGGACUAUUGGCAAGCCUGGUUCCAUCCUUGGGAACUCUCAGCAGUGAAGCAACUUCAGUUCUUUUAUCACAAAGGGAAAAAAAAGCAAACAAGAAGACUCUGGCUCUGCUAGUGGAUGUAGAAUCCUGACAUUUCUCACUUCUCAUUCCUCCUGCCCCUGAGGCCCCCAGCCUGCCACCCCUGCCCUUCUGUUCAGGAGAAUAAGAGACUGGUGCUUCUUCUGUAUGGGGGUGGGCACCCUCUAGGUAUGCCCUAUGUGGAGAGAGACUGGGAGGUGCAUGGGUUAGCUGGCUUUACUGGUUUGCUCUGGAAUGGCUAAUUCUUUCUUGUUGUGGUUUUAGCUUUUGAGCAUGCCAAAGUCUUGUAAGUUUGUAUCUCGUGGAAGAAAUCACUCUUUGCGGACAAAGAAAUUUGAUUUUGAACUCCAUUGACAAUUGAAAAAUAUAUGAUCAAAUUUGAUUUCUAAUUGGCCACAAGAUAGAAAUUCCCUUGUGAAUACAGGUAGAUAUUAAAGGGCUAAUACACAAUGAGAAACUGGUCGUGCAAGGCUUGUGCUGUCAAUGCUUUCGCGCAUAGAGGACUGUAUGCAUUGAGAGAAACAAGUAGUGCUCCUUGUUAUUAAAGUUCUACCUGAACACAAAGACCACAGUGGCGAUGACCAAGACCUUGUGGUUCUAGCAAAACUCAGCUCCCAAAUUCUCUUUCCAGUUUUAUCCUAAGUUCCCAGCGUAAAUGCUAUUUAUUUUCUGACGCAAUAUGUUCUUUUUGCGCACUUCUACAAAAUGGUAGUACUACUGUGUUGUGGUUUUGAAACAUUAAACAUGUAAAAUUAGAUAUGAAAUGCCUGCUUUGAAACAAGCAGAAUGAGGCUAAACAUGGGUUAUGCAGAGGGUAAUAGAUUGAAGAGCAGCUUGUCUGAAACUGACAAUGUGGCAAGAUGUACUUGGGAGUUUUGUUUCUGUGUGACAUGCAGUGGCAACUCGUGUGGACACUAUUGAUGGCUGUGAUGUUACCUCCUGUAGAUACGCUAACAGUGUUACAUUCUUGAUUUCCAAAGGUUCUCUGUGGCUUUGUGUACAUGUUUCCUGGAGGUCAUUUGAUAACCUAUUUUACUGAACUGAUUUAGCACGGAAUGGAAUCCAUUCCAACUAUUGCACGUGGAUUUCCCAGCUGCCCCUAAAUAUAUAUAAUUGUGAGUGGCAAAGUGGCACUAAUGAAGCUUUUUGCCUUUUGUACAUUUGAGAUUUUUUUGUAUAUAGUGUUUGCUGCAAGGCCUGUGGAAUUAAUUCAUUGAAUAUAGAGGUAUCAACUGCUGCAUGUUCAGGCAUAUUAUAAAACUUUAGUCUAUGAAAGAAUAAUUAUAAUAAUGUCCAGGUGCAAUACUCUGUAAGUGUAUUGGUUCAAGUUACCGAUAGAUAUGUUCCUUUUUGGGUCAGAGGGAGGGAUCUUUGUAUGUUCAUUUCAUUUUGGUUAAUUUUAAAAGAUGUCCACAUAUUAAGCCAUAGUAAGUCUCACAUCUGAUCUCCUGUGUGCGUUUAUGGCCUGAUAGACAUAGAGGAGAGAAAGGAACAUUUGGAAUGGUGAUUUGAAAAUUUUGGACAGUGACUGUCUUGAGCCCAUAGUGUGUCCAUAUUUGUGUCUGGCUGGUCAGAGCCUUCAUUACUAAUGAUGACAUUCAGUUCUCUUUUUAUUUUUUAAAAACUCAGGUGUAAUUAUUAUCUGUUCUUAUGAUAAUUGCGAAUAUUACUUAUUAUGCUGUAUCAAUCCAAGUGUUUUGGCAUACCAGUGAAGUGAUGAAGAGCAUCGGGUUAGUUUAAUUUAUCUUCGGUAACUUGACAUACUGGGGAGAGGCUAUCUUCUGGAGUUGAGCACAAGCACAGAAACAUCACGGUGGCAUCAUCUCAUUUUUUAGAAAGACAUGACAAUACUGCCCAUCAUACUCAUGUGUAACUACUGCUCUCUUUUUCUUCUGCUUCCUUCGUGAUGACGAACUUUGAGCAACCACCCAAGCUCUAACUUCUAAUGCCAAAUGGCCUCAUCCAGGGGCUUGGUGGUGGUCACAUGGCAUUUUUGCUGGGAAGUCAAAUAAUACAUUCCACCCAGCAGCUCUAGGCCUCCAGUGAGCCCCGAGAGGCUCCCUUCCAGCACCCAGAUGUGGGCUGGCUGAUGCCUCUGGCUGAUGUUCCCAUGGCGGCAGAUUUAAAUCCAGCGUAGGUCUAUAGAAAAAGAUUUAUGUUGUUCCUUGAGUAUUCAUUGUUUCAUUUUCGUUUUCACAAGAGUUUGGAAGCGGACACACUGUUACAUUUUUGCCCAUUCUUUCUCAUUUUUCGGCUCUCUCUCUUUUUAAGAAAAAAAAA